AAGAACCUGACUUCCUUAAACUGGAAGGAAGGUGAAAACUUACAUAAAGUUACUUUAAUGGGUAUUCGAGCUUUUGGUUGGUGCAGUGAAUGAAGAACUUACAAGUGAGAUAUAUUGCAUUAGGAUAGAAGAAAAAUGGAUGAAGAUAGGAGAGAGGAGAUCAUGCCGGUGAAGCUUGCAAUCCAAAGAGAAUUGGCUUAUCGCCAGAAGAUUGCCAUGUUGAAUAAUCAAUCUGCUAAUGGCUCUGGCUUACAACUCAUGCCUUUUCAUUUUUGCUUGUGGCCGGUACAUUCGGGUCUUGGUGUAUCUCCCAGUUCAACAUUGUAUUCAAGUCUGGAUAGUCAUGUGGCUAAGAAGAAUCAGGAAGACACCUUUUUCUGCAAGGUUUGCCGGGUUUCCAGCUCUAGCGCCAUAAGUUACAAGCAACAUUUAAGAGGUCAUAAGCACAAGGCCAACCUGCGCAUAAUGCCAUUCAAAGGGAAAUAAUGAUUCAGGCAUCACAGCAGUGAACCCACGGAAAAGAUGUGGACCGUGUGACAUUUUGGUGUACGGAUGAAUUGUCAUUUAACCAGCACUUGGAAGGUCAAAAGCAUAAGCAAAAACUACAGAACUUGGUAGUUGCUGGUAAUAAUGCAAGAAACAUGGUAAAGAAGCAAAGGUUUUGGUGAGUUGUGUGAUGGAUAUUCUGUGCACAGAUUAUUGAUCAUUUAAGAUGCACCUUCAAGGAAAAUAACAUUUUAUUAAACUUCAUGCCAUUGACAAUGGAAAAAAACCAUGAGGGUUGAACUUGUAUUGGAGAAAAGUUUAAGAUAUUCUCCUUUAAGCACUUCCUCUAUUCCAAGUUUAAUUUCCAUACUGUAUAUAUUAUACUAGUCCUGGGAAAAAUACGAGAUACUUGUAA